AUGCAACCUACACUCGCUCUCAGCUCCCUUCUCUUGGUAGCCUCGGCUUCCGCCAAGAACAUCCUUCUUACCAAUGACGACUCCUGGGUGUCCACCAACAUCAGAGCCACCUACAGAGACUUGACUCUGGCCGGCCACAACGUUGUCUUGGUGGCCCCUGUGUCGCAGAGAUCUGGUUGGGGUGGGAAGUUUGACGUUCCUUACUCUAAGACGUUACAGACUGACGGGGAGUUUGGCUACGUCAAGGCCGGUGCCCCCUCUUGGGGCCAUGAAGACAAUGACAAGAACAUCUGGUACUUCAAUGGGACCCCAGCUUCUUGUGUUGCCUUUGCCUUGAACUACGUUUCCCCCAAAUUCUUCAACAAUGUCACCUUUGACCUUGUCGUUGCUGGCCCCAACGAGGGAACAAACAUGUCUCCUGGAUUCUUCACCGGGUCAGGAACUGACGGGGCCACCUACAAUGCUGCCUACAGAGGACUCCCAGCCAUUGCCUUCUCCGGCUCCAAUGGGAACAACUCCUUCUUCAAGGACUCCCUUGAUGAAGACCCCUUGGAACCUUCCAACAUCUACUCGAAGAAGGUGGUCCAAUUUGUCGACCAGCUCUUCACCGCCCAGGGAAACAACCCUCGUACCAUGCCUCUCCAAACCCUCUACAACGUCAACCUCCCACCCGUGGGCUACCAGUCCAAGAACGAGGCGUGCACGGACCCAGAGUGGGUGUUCACCAGAUUGACCGGCCAGGACGCCGCUUCCAUGGACUUGGUCUGGAACGAAACCUCACAAAUGCCCGUCUGGCACUCAACCCCGUUCGCCGCCUUGUCCGCCUGCAACAACGGAGACUGUUCCUUGCCCUCUGAGACCUGGGUCAUCAACCAGAACAACUGUAAGUCCUCGGUUUCCGUGGGCUCCGUCGACUACGAUGCCAACAUCCAGCUCACCAACGAGGCCAAGGCCUUGUUGGGACCAUUGCUCCUCUAG